UAAGCAUUAUAUAUAAAUGGUUAUCAUGAAUUAGUCAUCAUUUAAUGUGUAAAUCUUGGUGAAGAGAAUGAUUUAGCUAAUAAGUUUCCCACGGAUUUUUGUUGCAAUACUUUCAACAUUUUUUUGACAUUUCAUUCAUCAUAAGCUACCUUCUGUGGGAAUAUUGUGAUGUGGGCUCUAAGAGUUCAUGGAUAUGCCUUGGCUGUGUCGUUUUGUUUCAUCGCCCUCGUGGCUGCCUCACGAAAAACAGAUCCUUUAGAAGUAAAAGCACUGAAAGACAUCAAAAAGAGUUUGAUUGAUCCGAGUGACAAACUGAGGAACUGGAAUAAGGGUGAUCCAUGUGCAGCAAACUGGACUGGAGUUCGUUGUUUUGAUUUAAAGGGUGAUGAUGGUUACUUCCAUAUUCGAGAGCUCUACCUGAUGACUUUGAACCUCUCGGGAACUCUAGCACCGCAGCUUGGUAUGCUCUCCCAUCUUGUGAUAAUGAAUUUCAUGUGGAACAAUCUGAUAGGCACAAUACCGAAGGAAAUUGGACAUAUUACAUCAUUGAUACUCUUGCUCUUGAGUGGAAAUAAAUUAUCUGGUAGUUUACCAGAUGAGCUUGGCAACCUUAAAAAUUUGAAUAGACUCCAAGUAGAUGAAAACCAAUUGUCAGGUCUUGUGCCAAAAUCAUUUGCUAAUUUGGUCCAUGUUAAACACCUCCACAUGAACAACAACUCAUUCAAUGGUCAACUUCCAUCCGAACUUUCAAAUGUAUCCAAUCUUAUUCAUUUGCUUUUGGACAACAAUAAUUUUUCUGGCUAUCUUCCACCAGAAUUCUCCAAGCUACAGAGUUUGGCAAUACUCCAACUUGAUAACAAUAAUUUCAGCGGGAAUGGAAUACCGUCUACCUUUGAAAAUCUUCUGAGUCUAGUAAAAUUGAGUCUAAGAAAUUGCAGUCUAGAAGGAGCUAUUCCUGAUUUCAGUUCAAUACGAAAUCUUACAUAUUUGGAUCUAAGCUGGAAUCAGUUCACUGGACCUAUACCAUCAAAGAAACUUGCCGACAAUAUGACAACUUUUGAUCUCUCCCACAACAAGCUCAAUGGAUCAAUUCCCCGUGGUGUAGUAUAUCCACAUCUUCAAAGACUGCAACUAGAGAACAACUUACUAUCUGGGUCUGUCCCUGCUACCAUAUGGCAGAACAUAUCCUUUAGCAAGAAGGCGAAACUUAUAAUUGAUCUUGAUAACAACUUGCUUUCUGACAUUUUUGGAGAUUUGAAUCCCCCAAUAAAUGUUACCUUAAGGCUUUCUGGCAAUCCUGUAUGCAAAAAGUCCAACAUACAAGGAAUUGGUCAAUUUUGUGCUCACGAAAGACGUGAUGUAGAUGAAUCAGAAUCUACAAACUCAACCGAUGUCUGCCCCAUUCAAUCUUGUCCAGUAGACAAUUUCUUUGAAUAUUCACCCUCAUCUCCAGUUCAUUGUUUUUGUGCCGCACCUCUAAGAGUAGGGUAUAGGCUUAAAAGUCCAAGUUUUUCUUACUUUCCUCCCUAUAUAACUAGUUUUGAAUCAUACAUAACUGCGUCCUUAAACCUAAGCCUCUUUCAGUUAUCAAUAGAUUCUUAUGAAUGGGAAAAGGGUCCUCGUCUUAGAAUGUAUUUUAAGUUUUUUCCUUCAUACAACGAUUCGUACACAUUCAACAUAAGUGAGAUUCUUCGCAUUGGUAGCAUCUUUGCGUCAUGGGGAUUUCCUCGCACAGACUUUUUUGGACCAUAUGAACUCCUGAAUGUCACUCUUCUAGGACCUUAUGCAAAUAUGAUUAUUAAUACAGAGAGUGGAAAAGGAAAAAAAGGCAUAAAAGUUGCUAUUUUAAUAGCUGCUGCUGCUAGUAUUUUAGCAAUAUCCGUAAUAAUCAUUCUCAAUCUCCUACUCUUUAGAAGAAAGCUGAAAUACCGGCACUUGAUUUCUAGCAAACGUAUGUCCUCUGAUAUAUAUAUCAAGAUAGAUGGUGUGAAAUCAUUCACUUUGAAAGAGUUGACUCAUGCUACUAACAAGUUCGAUAUCUCAACUAAAGUUGGUGAAGGAGGUUAUGGAAAUGUCUACAAGGGCAUUUUAUCUGAUGAAACAGUUGUUGCCGUUAAGCGAGCAGGUGAAAAUUCAUUACAAGGACAAAAAGAGUUCUUAACUGAGAUUGAGCUUUUAUCAAGGUUACAUCAUCGAAAUCUUGUCUCACUACUUGGUUACUGUAACGAAGAAGGAGAGCAGAUGCUGGUUUAUGAAUUCAUGCCCAAUGGCACCUUAAGGGAAUGGAUUUCUGGUAAAAGUAAAAAAUGCAACGAUGGCCUAAGUUUUUUCAUGAGAUUACGGAUAGCAAUGGAUGCAGCCAAAGGCAUACUAUAUCUACAUACAGAAGCUAACCCUCCUGUAUACCACAGAGAUAUUAAAGCCACCAACAUACUCCUAGACUCAAAGUUUACAGCUAAAGUGGCUGAUUUUGGAUUGUCACGACUUGCACCAUACUCAGAUGAAGAGGGAAAUGUACCUAAGUAUAUCUCAACAGUUGUGAAGGGAACACCGGGUUACCUGGACCCAGAAUAUAUGAUGACUCAUAUGUUAACUGAUAAAAGUGAUGUAUACAGCCUCGGAAUUGUGUUUUUGGAGCUUUUGACCGGCAUGCAUGCAAUAACACGUGGGAAAAACAUUGUCCGUGAGGUUAAUUUGGCUUGUCGAUCUGGCAUAAUGGAUUCCAUUAUAGAUAACAGAAUGGGUGAGUAUCCAUCUGAAUGCACAGACAAGUUCUUAGCUCUGGCCCUCAGUUGCUGUCAUGACCAUCCAGAGGAGAGACCAUCAAUGUUAGAUGUGGUGAGGGAGUUGGAAGACAUUAUUGCCUUGGUACCUGAAACUGAAAUUAGUUUAUCGGAUGUUUCUUUCGAUAAUUCUGGUAAAAUGGCACCCUCAUCUUCAUCAUCAUCAACAAUAACAUCUGGAUUCACUAUGACAAGAAUGGAUCAACAGAACAUGUUCUCAUAUGUGUCAGGAAGUGAUCUUGUCAGUGAUAUCAAUCCUACUAUUGUUCCUCGCUGAUGCCUUACUGUUGUUCUUGCUUAAACAUACUCUUAGUCUAUUGUCGUAUAUAAUUACUGUUUCCCUUCCUACACGGGACUUUGUAAAUUUUAUACUCAUGUAAACAAAUUUUCUGGCAAAAAAAAAGAAGAAAAAUUGAUAUAUCUAUCAA